CAUUUUCGGCUCGUCAUGAAGCCCCAGGGGCGACCUUUGCAUAAAUUUCGAACAAAGGUGGAAUUUAUUCAAGCUAUAUGCGACAUUGUGGCCAUUCAACAGGAAGCGCAUCAAUGGGGUAUCUUGCAUCGUGAUUGCAGCCUCCACAAUGUGAUGAUCGAGGAUGCCAACGGUAAUAGCCUUGGAAUGUUGAUCGACUGGGAAUUCGCUGUAACUAUCACA